AUGUCAGUGCAAGAGAUCAAUGUGCCGGCGCCCGCCGACUUCCACGUGCACCUGCGUCAGGGCAAGAUGUCGGAGCUCGUCAGCCCGCACGUGGCCGAGGGCGGUGUGGCGCUGGCGUACGUGAUGCCCAACCUGGUGCCGCCCAUCACAUCCGCGCAGCAGGCGAGCGACUACCUCGCCUCGCUCAGCGCACUCGCGCCCCAGACCAAGUUCGUCGGUACGCUCUACCUGUCCCCCGCCCUGACGCCGGACGAGAUCGCGCGCGCGGCCGAGGCGGGUGUGCGCGGCGUCAAGAGCUACCCGCGCGGCGUCACCACCAACUCCGAGGGCGGCAUCGAGGACUACGAGACGUACUACCCGAUCUUCGAGGCAAUGCAGAAGCACAACAUGGUACUCAACCUUCACGGCGAGGUGCCAUCCAAUGCCGACGCCGGCAUCUGCGUGCUCAACGCCGAGGAAAAGUUCCUCACGCACCUCUUCAAGAUCCACCGCCAGUUCCCGGAUCUCAAGAUCGUCCUCGAGCACGCCACGACGCGCAAGGCCGUCGAGGCCGUAAAGCAGUGCGGCGACACCGUCGGAUGCACCAUCACCCCGCACCACCUCGAACUCAUCGUCGACGACUGGGCGGGCAAGCCGCUCAACUUCUGCAAGCCCGUUGCAAAGUACCCCGACGACCGCCAGGCGCUGCGCGACGUCAUCUGUGAAGGCCACCCACGCUUCUUCCUGGGCUCGGACUCGGCGCCGCAUCCGCUGGCGAACAAGUAUCCGUCUGCAGUCACGCACGGCGCACCGGGGACCAAGGCGUCGAGCAGCGGAGAUGACGACCUCGAGCCCACGGGCGUGGUGUCGUGCGGGUGCGCAGCAGGCGUGUACACCUCGUCGAUCCUCGUGCCGCUGUGCGCGACGCUUCUCGAGGGCUUUGGUGCGCUCGACCAACUGGCCAACUACGUCUCUCUGAACGGCCGCAAGUUCUACGGCUAUGACAACGCCGACGACAUGAAGAACGGCAGCAUCACGCUGCGCAGGGCAAGCAAGGGCGCAACCGGCUCAGCGGCGACUGUGCCUGCAGUCUACGUGCACCCCGAGUACGUCGAGGUGGCCGACUCGGACGCAAGCAAGGUGCAGGUGGUCCCCUUCUGGGCAGGCAAGCGUCUCGGCUGGGAGAUUGUGCGUUCCUAA